AAACGUUUCCACUACCAUUCAGCAAAUAUUUGGAUGUUUGCUUUAUGGCUUUAAUUUCUUUUUUUUCUGUUUGGAUUUCUGCUUUUUUGUUCGUAUUUCUGCUUUUUGAUUUGGUGUAUUUUACUAUGUACAGCUUUGGAAGUUCUGGUCAAAGUUGGCAGUUAAGGUCAAAGUGAGUGUAUGAGGUCUAAUGUCAAAGAUGGUGGUUGAGGUCAAAGGUCAAAGUUGGUGGAUGAGGUCAAAGGUUAAAGUUGGUGGAUGAGGUCAAAGGUUAAAGUUGGUGGAUGAGGUCAAGGGUCAAAGUUGGUAUUUGAGUUCAAGGGUCAAAGUUGGUGUUGGAUUUCAGGGGUGAAAGUUGUUAGUUGAGGUCAAAGUUUUCUUUUCAGGUUAUGGUGGUAUGAAUGAAGGGAAGGGUAUCAGAUGAGAAGAAGCAUGCAGAUAAAGAAAACACAGAUAAUGGUGGAAAGAGUAAUGGUUUUCAGUUUUUUUGUUUCGGUGUCUGCUUUUUUUUGUUUUGGCUUGGCUUUCUGUCAUAUUUGUUUGGCUUUCUGCUUUAGUUUGUUCAGAUGUGUGCUGACUUGUCCAUGACUUUUGUUUAGUUGUGUUGGUUUUAGUUUUUUGGAUUAUGAACUCAUAGGUUUAGAAGUUUGGUUAGUUUCAAUUUCAAUUGGGGAAGGGGGCGUGUAAUGAUGUUUUUCUAUUUCAGAAAUUGGUAUUUUUAUAGUCGAGAAAUAAAAAAUUCUCUGUUGGAUUGUGGAUAUGUGUGAAUUCUUUCUGGAACUUGGUCUUGAGAUUACUUUUUGGUUUAUUGAGAUAAGAAGAUAUUGGUGUAUGGUUUCAGAUAAUGGUGUUGGAAUAUGGUAUCAGAUAAUGGUGUUUGACUAUGAUUUCAGACAAUGGUGUUUGUCUAAAAGGGUGAAGAAGAUAUGGGUUGACAUGAAUGAAAUGGUUUUUACUGUGAACAUAUAUCUGGUUGUCAAGAUAGCUUCGUCCAGGUCAACUAGCUGGUUUUUGUAUUCAGUCAAUCUUACACUGAGUGUUACAGCUAAAGUUAUAGAGACAAUAGAUAUAAAGAUAGAUGAUACAGAGAGACUUGUAGUUAUAUUCUGAUGAAAGAAAGAGAAUGAUUGGAUCGUAUUGAUAACGCGUCAUGACAUUUAAGAUCGUUUUGAGUACGAAACAAGUGAAAUAAUGAUGAAAAUUUUUUUCGACAUUUCUAUCAAGGUUACAGUGACAAAAGAAAGUAUGUGCCCUGUUUAAAGUACAUUGAAAUCAUAAUGUAGGAGGAUUUGUCUGCUGCCCUGAUUGUGUGGAAUCAUAAUGCAGCAAUAAUGUUAGAUUAGAAUGGUCUCAAGUUACAUUGGCUGUGUCUUUGACUGUUAUAAUUGUGAGAAUGUUACUAAUGUAAUAAAUUGUUUUAUCU